AUGGAUGAAGGAUACAUCGUGUUCACCGUCGAGUGGUCGGAAGGCAAGAGCAACAGACGCAGCUCAUAUUCUACGGAGGACGUGCUUCGUGAUCGCGAUGAUAACCAGGGCGUGGCGACACUUGAGGAGGCGAAGGAGAAAAUGGGGGUGUUUCUACUUGCAACCUUGUGUAUGGUCAACGUCCAGGUUUACAGAUUCAUUACCAAGAACACCAAGUUGGAGAAUGUGUCAGUGUCAAGUGAGACACGCCCCCUGGCCCGGGAUAAAAAAGUUGAUAUUACAAAAGGCCGGAACCACGCCUGGGAGGAGACGAAGAAAGACAAAGGCUUGCGGGUGGAGAUGGAAGAAAAAGCGUGCUUCGAAAUGAUGGGAUUGAUCAACGACGCCAGAGCUCACUUCACGGGUCUUGUGAGAAGCACGGAAGAUUUCCAAGACAAGCAUCUAGCUUUGGUCAACCACUUUGUGAGGGGGGCUCAGGCGUCCUUUCGGCUGGGUCGACCCACCAACAUGGCGUCGUCCAUGAUCCAUCUUUCCGUGAACGAGCUUCCUCCCGGAGUCCAGGCCAAAGCAUUGAAGGAACAAGACACUCAGUUGUAUCAACCCGGUGAGCCGACGUCUUUUAGCCUGGGGAUGAGGUGUGUCUUGGCGAGGGCACGGGUGAAGGAUUCAGAAGAGUUUGGUGACGGGGGAUCUUCGACCUGCCAGUUUCUGAUGAGAGAUGCGUACAGUCAAGCGUUUUCUUCGCACAGUAAGCGGAAAGCGUGUUUGAGCGUGUUUGACAUAAUCAAGGGGGGGUAUCAUUCUGUGUCGCAAGAGAAGCGGUCCGAAAAAGGUGUGAUAGAGAAUGAAAACGGGAGGAUCGCAUUUGGUGCCAAGUUCAAUAAAGGCAGGACUCACUUGGUGGGAAGCGAUGAAUUGCUUGAGAUGAACCCACGCAAGCGCGAGAACGAGGAUCAUCUUUGUCCACCGGAGUUCAAACAGAGGAAUGAAGCGAUCGUCGAUGAACUGGUAGAAGAAAACAAGCUUGCUAAAGAUUUGUGCCGAAUGAAGUGUAAGGACGUAUAUGGCAAAGACGUUGCUAUUACCCGGUGUCUUCUUCCCCGUUACUUCAAAAACAAGAAGGCACUCGAGAAUUCUACGUGUGGAGUAGUUGUGAACCAUACAAAACAUGAGAAGUGUGAGGGGGCGUAUGCGGUUAUGGCAGUCAUUGGGAGGAAGGUGAUGCGAAGGCUUCUGGAGAAGGAGGCGGAAAACGACUUGGCAGAGCUCAGAAAGAAAGGGGGGUGUACCGAGAAAGCCUUAGAGAGGGUGGCCGAGUCGUUACUCUUAUACCCCAUUUGGGUCCCUUUGACGACAAAGGCCGUGUCUUCACACCCAGUCAAGUGA